CACCGACAAGGACGCCACUGAUGACGACAAAAGUGUGCGACGGAGCUGCUAGCUUCGUUAGCUAAAGAGAGCAGAUUAAAAAGUCGAUAAACCCGCUGCUGGCUCGCGGGUAAUCUGCGCGAGGUUGGUGCUGGUGUCGGUUCGUGGGCUCGGAUGAGUUCAGAGGACGGAGCUGAUGCGCCUUAGCCGGUUCCGAGGGCUCCUCGGUGCUCAGUAGGACUGUUUUGGCUGUCAUGGAGGGCGACUUUCCUCCUCACCGUCUGACAGAACCGAUGCAGUCCGGCUCUGCGGUUCCGGACGGGCUAUGCUGGGUGUCGGUUCUGUCCUGUCUGCUGCUCGCCUGCUCGUAUGUCGGCAGCCUGUACGUGUGGAGGAGCGAGCUGCCCAGGGAUCAUCCCACCGUGAUAAAGCGGCGUUUCACCAGUGUCCUGGUUGUGUCCGGCCUGUCACCGCUCUUCGUUUGGGCAUGGCGGGAACUCACAGCGGUCAGGACCAGCGCCUCGCUGUUGGCUCUCAUGGGGAUCCGGUUUGAAGGCAUCAUUCCUGCGAUUGUAUUCCCUUUGCUGCUGACUAUGGUCCUCUUUCUGGGCCCCCUCAUGCAGCUGGCCAUCGACUGUCCUUGGACCUUCACAGACGGGGUCAAAGUGGCCCUGGAUCCCUGCUUCUGGUCUCUGUGCCUCAGCGACAUGCGCUGGCUGAGGAACCAGGUGGUGGCGCCGCUAACGGAGGAGCUGGUGUUCAGGGCCUGCAUGCUGCCCAUGCUGGUGCCCUGUGCCGGGCCGGCCACCGCCAUCUUCACCUGCCCGCUGUUCUUUGGAGUGGCUCACUUCCACCACGUCAUCGAGCUGCUGCGGUUCAGGCAGGGCACGCUGGCGGGGAUCUUCCUCUCUGCAGUGUUCCAGUUCUCCUACACGGCGGUGUUUGGAGCGUACACGGCCUUCAUCUUUCUCAGAACAGGUCACCUGGUGGGUCCGGUUCUCUGUCACUCCUUCUGUAACUACAUGGGUUUCCCCGCCAUCAGCACGGCGCUGGAGCACCCCCAACGCCUCACAAUUCUCUCCUCUUACCUGCUGGGCGUCGUCCUCUUCCUCUUCUUCCUCUUCCCCUUCACGGACCCCUCCCUCUACGGGUUCCCCACCCCGGUCUGCACCCUCGCCUCCUCCACCAGCUCCCUCUGCUUCUCCUGAUCCCGGCCCCCCCGCCGCCGCGGGUCGAUGAGGAAGUCGCGUUUCAUGACAUCUGACAGCUCCUUGGAGAAAUGUUAGGAUUUGUGUGGCUGAUAUGAUGCUGGUCCAGUAAGGAAGAGAAGUCCUCAUGCUGACGCAUCUCCUCCAUCCAGGACGAGGAACCAGAACCAUCCACGGUGAAGUCUGUUUCCACUUUGUCCCUUCACUCUUAACGAAAGGUUUCGUUUUUAGAGUUCUGGUGGUCGUUUUUCGUGAUUUCUGAUAAAAAGAUGUGAAACUUUACUACAACACCCUCAACAACAACUUUUAUCGAUCAGUUCGGACUUGUUUGAUUGAAAAAGCAGUGAAAGUAGUUGAUAAGCAAACAAUCUAAACCCAUAAAAACAAUUUCAUUUUAUAUCUAAAGUUAACUUUUUGUUUUUUUGUAAUCUAAAGGCGUUUUCACUUUCAAGUAUUUUGAUGGAUUUUUUUAUUCAGGAGAUUUUACACCUCAAUUCUGACUAUAAAGGUAAAAAAAAGAAUAAUUUGACUAAUUCCCCAACUCUUAAGUCUGAUAAAGACUUUAAACAUUAUCUUACCACUUUACCAACAUUUUUCUAUUUGUUUAUGAUCCUGCUUCUUUGCAUUUGUGACGACUACUAAAAAAAGGCCUCAAACGAUCCCCAUACAAACCACAUUUCAUCUGUUUUCUCUUUAAUAUACACCUGAGUUCAGGUGAGUUCACAAACCUGCCAAAUCAAAAGGUAACAAACUGGUGUGUCCAGAACAGACCAGUGUGAAAACGGCUUCAGUUUUUAUAGACUUUAAGAUAAAACAAUCACAGUUUGAGCCAUGAACCUUUUAUUUUAGGUUUACAAAGUAUCGGUCUUAAAAGAACCAUUACUUUUAGAAAUAAAGAUUAUUUUUCAAACAUUUACACAAACAAAUACAAUCUAAAGCAACACGAUUCAGUUUCCAUCCCAAAGAGGUCAGAUUCUAACCAUUCUCUCAUGGAUGAAGAGGAUCAUCAACCAUCACAACUCAGCUUUGACCUCCUCUUCCCUUCAGUCCAACUAUGUGACAAAACUAACCUUUAUUUAAAAAAGAAACACAAAACCACACUUUAUCAUCAUUUUGAUACAGACAACUUUCUGAAUGUCCUUUUUUUUGUUUAGUAGCAGUCUGCCGCAAUUCUUUGGAGGGUUAGCAGACAGAAGAACGAUAGCAACACACACUGGAAUGUGAGGAAAAGCUUGUGACUGCAAUAACCUCCGUAUGAGGACAUCAACACAAACCCUCAGUAAAAAACGAGGAUUUCAAAGGUGGAGAUUCUGAUUUUUGUUUUUUCUUCAAGGUAGCUCUAAAAGUAAUCCGUUUAAACGUGGUUGUAGUGGAGUCACUUGCUGAAACAAAGUAUUGCAGCAUGACUCGUAUCGCAGCUAUUCUGAUGCUUUAGCUCCAGCUACAACAAAUAUAUCAGUGCUGCCAUCUAGUGUUUGAAGAUGUUAUUUAAAAUAAAAAGUACGCCUAGAUCAGGGGUGUCAGGCGUAUAGUUUACAGUCUUGAGAUCAGACGGGUUGAACGUGAAACCAAAAUGAGUUUGACAGCCCUGAUCUAGAUGAUCUAUCUCUAGAGCUCUAUGAAAGCUCCAGGAACAGGAGCAUCCGUGGUGCUGGUCCGGGUAUUUGCUGCUUCUGGUGAACGAAUCGUCGGUGGAGACUUCAAUCUACUCAUUGAUAGUCAUCUAGUGUUCUCCUGAGUUCUAGUCUUCGUCAGACUUUUACUUUUGAAUCCAACGUUUUAGUCUUUUCCACAGGGAUUUUCAGCAAUAACGAAGAAACUAAGAAAUUUAUUGUUAAUGCUCCACAAAACUUUUGAUCUGGAUUUGUUUCUCAUUCAGAACUGAAGGGUGCAUACGACUGACUCUACUACCUGUCCUUGAGUGGAAACGAUGGUUUAGAAACUUGAAGAGUUAAGAUGAGUCUCAGCAGCACUGAGAUCAACAACUGACUUUAUUUAUAGUUCUUGUGUUUUCAAACUUUCUUUGUGACGCUUCUGCUCGACUUUCCUGAUUGAUUUCUUCUCUUCUCGCUGAGGCGCCUCACAAACCUGAAUCGGGACGUUUACUGGAUCUGUUUCCUUCUUGAAUCUACAUGUGAUGGUUGUGGUUUCCUAACCUCUCAGGUGGUGAAACACCACAACGUUUGCAAGACGAUCACAACAAAUCUGUGGUUUUUACUGUUUUAUUCCCUCUGAGAUAAAAAGAAACGAGAGACUAUUUUCUCGGUAUUUUCCUACGCAGUUGCUGGACGGUGCCACAGCUGAUCAGAGACGGUGAAUCCGGUGUUUGUAUCUUUUCUAAUCAGAUCUAUUUUGGUGACAGAGCUGCAUGUAUUUUAUUGUCUUGCACAGUUUAGGAAAACAAAUCGAGAGUUUUAUGAUGACAAUCUUUUACAUGGAAGUUUAGCAGCACUGCAGAAAUGUGUCUUUGUAAAUAAAUCUUCUUUUCCACGUCUA